CAGCCACCGUUGUAGAACCCUAAAGCCACCUGAAGGGGCGGGGCCAGGGGCGGGGUCGGCCUGCAGGAAGUUCUCCUGGCGCAAGAGCUGCUGGGACCGGAAGUAAGGCGCACGUUGAGGUCCGGCAGUCAUGGCGGCGGCGCUGAGCCGCAAGCGGCGCCUUGAGGAGCUGACGGUGGAUGAGUUUCUGGCCUCGGGCUUUGAUUCCGAGUCCGAAUCGGAGCCCGAAGGAACCCCAGAGGCGGAGACGCAGGCGGUGCGCGCGGCAGCCCGGGGCCCGGAUGGACCAGGUGGGAGUCCCUUGGCCAGACUUGAAGACCCCCACCUUCUCAGUCGGCGUAAAGGUGGUGCAUCUGAGCACAAGGACCAGCUCUCUCGGCUGAAGGACAAAGACCCUGAGUUCUACAAGUUCCUGCAGGAGAAUGACCAGAGCCUGCUGAACUUCAGCGAUUCAGACAGCUCUGAGGAUGAAGAGGAGCAGCUCCACUCCCUGCCGAACAUGCUGGAAGAAGCAAGUGAAGAGGAGGAAGAGGAGGAGGAGGAGGAGGACGGGGUCCCCAGAGGACCUGAGGGGAAGAGGAGGGAUUCUGUCCCUGUGACCCUCACCAUGGUUGAGAAAUGGAAGCAGGCAGCAAAGCAGCACCUUACACCAAAGUUGUUCCGUGAAGUUGUGCAGGCAUUCCGAGCGGCUGUGGCCACCACCCAAGGAGAGGAGGAAGGCGCUGAGACCAGUAAAUUCCAGGUCACGGACAGUGCUGUGUUCAAUGCUCUGGUCACCUUCUGCAUCAGAGAUCUUUUUGGCUGUCUCCAGAAGCUGUUGUUCGGAAAAGCCCCAAAAGACAGCAGCAGGGUGCUGCAGCCGUCCAGUAGCCCGCUGUGGCCCAAGCUCCGGCUGGAUGUCAAGGCUUACCUGAGCUCCGUCAUCCAGCUGGUGGCCUGUGUGACAGAGGCGACAGUGGCAGUAGCUGUCCUCCAGCACGUGGGCAGCUCUGUGCCCUACUACCUGACCUUUCCCAAGCAGUGCCGCAUGCUGCUAAAGAGGAUGGUGGUCCUGUGGAGCACUGGUGAGGAGACACUGCGGGUGCUGGCCUUCGUGGUCCUCAUCAAGGUCUGCCGGCACAGGAAGGAUGUCUUCCUGAGCCCCGUCCUCAAGCAAAUGUAUAUCACGUACGUGAGGAACUGCAAGUUCACCUCUCCCAGCACCCUGCCCCUCAUCAGCUUCAUGCAGCGGACCCUGACGGAGCUGCUGGCUCUGGACACCGGCGUGGCCUACCAGCACGCCUUCCUCUACAUCCGCCAGCUCGCCAUCCACUUGCGCAACGCCAUGACAACACGCAGGAAGGAGACAUACCAGUCAGUGUACAACUGGCAGUUCGUGCACUGCCUCUACCUGUGGUGCCGUGCCCUCAGCACCAUCUGCCCCAGUGAGGCUCUGCAGCCCUUGAUCUACCCGCUCUCCCAGGUUGUCGUCGGCUGCAUCAAGUUGGUCCCCACGGCCCGCUUUUACCCACUGCGCAUGCACUGCGUGCGCGCCCUGACGCUGCUCUCGGAGAGCACGGGCACCUUCAUCCCAGUGCUGCCCUUCAUCCUCGAGAUUUUCCAGCAGGUUGACUUCAACAGGAGGCCAGGGCGCAUAAGCUCCAGGCCCAUCAACUUCGCUGUGAUCCUGAAGCUGUCCAAGGUCAACCUGCAGGAGAAGGCAUAUCGGGAUGGCCUGGUGGAGCAGCUGUAUGACCUCACCCUGGAGUACCUGCACAGUCAGGCCCACAGCAUCGCAUUCCCUGAGCUGGUGCUGCCCGCUGUCCUGCAGCUGAAAUCCUUCCUCCGGGAGUGCAAGGUGGCCAACUACUGCCGUCAGGUGCGCCAGCUGCUCGAGAAGGUGCAGGAGAAUGCAGAGCACGUCCGCAGUGCCCGCCAGAGAGUCUCCUUCGGCGUGUCUGAUCAGCGUGCAGUGGAUGCCUGGGAGAAGCGAACCCGAGAGCAGGGGACCCCGCUUACCAAGUACUACAGCCAGUGGCGAAAGCUGAGGGACCGCGAGAUUCAGCUGGAGAUUAGUGGCAAAGAACGACUGGAAGACUUGAACUUCCCAGAGGUAAAGCGCCGCAAGGUGGGGGACAGGAAGGAUGAGGACAGGGCAGAAUUCAAGGACCUCUUCGAUCUGGAUAGUGAUGAUCAGGAUGAUGCCCCGGACUUCACAAAGAGAGGGAUGCCUGGGUCCCCAGGAGCUUGGCAGAAAGUGGAGGAGGAGGAUGAUGACAGCAGCAGUAGCAACGGGGAGGAGGAAGUCAGCAAGUCAGAGGAUGGAAGCCCAGACACAGAGGCGGGGCUGGACCCCCAGGAGCUGUGGCAGCUGGCCCAGGGGCCAGAGGACGAGCUGCAGGAUCUACAACUCUCUGAGGAGGACUGAGGACUGCCCACCUAGAGUCUUGCGGGGGCUGCUGUGCAGUGUUCCCGCCUCCCCAGGCAGUCAAGCAUGCUGCUUCUCCACUGGGGCUGAGCCCAGAGGCCCUGAGGUUAGCGCCCCUGCAGGGUGAAAGGGCAGUAGAUGGUGGACAGGCCUUUAUUUUUACAACAUAAAAGACCAGAAAGUA